GGUACGACAAUGAACAGGAACAUCACCACGAGGAAGGAUAGCAGAGCUCAUAGAAGGGUUUACCUCAGUGAGCAAAACAGGUACAGAUGAUACAUUUGCAUCGCUUUUGCUGGGAUUCAGCGUCAUCUAUUAUGGCUUUAGCGUUCCUCCGUCGCAUACUAACACCUUCUACCAAGAAGAACACCCUUGGAACAGCUUGUCGAGGUGAGACAGCUGGUCGAUAAUGGCUUUCAUAACUGUGAACGUGUGAGCUUGGUGUUCAGUGACAGGUAUGAAGAGCAAGAGAUACAAUACAUUCGUGGACAAACUACUAACUCGUCAAACUAGACGUUGUGUAACGUUCCCUGCAGAUACGAAGGCUGAAUCGAAUAGGUUCACCCAGUGCAUCCGUUUGAUUUCAUUAUUGAUUGAGAACCUGACGUUGAAGAACACAGUCACUAGAAGAGACCUGUACUACCAGGAUGUGCAGCUCUUUAAGUCCCAAUCUGUGGUGGAUUCUCUGAUAGAGCUCUUCACACAGUGCAUGAACAUAACAGGCGAGGAAUUAGGUGCCAUCGCUGCUCAAAAGGGGUUGAUGGUUGGAGAUGUGACUUUGCACUGCCCAAAUGGUGUACUGACAGACUACCGUUGCUUUGGGAAUGCCAUGUUGAUACCGAGGUUCGGCAAUGGAACCGUCAUUACCUUGAUUAGCGAGGUUGACUACAUCUUGAUUGUGGAGAAAGAAGCAGUGCUAAGCCAAUUGAUCAAAUCAAAGGAAAAAAGGCUGUUGAUCUGUGGGAAGGGAUACGCAGAUGUGCUGACAAAGACCUUUGUCAAUCUGUUAUCAAGGUGCUUACCGGACGUCCCAAUAUUGGGCAUUGCUGACUUUGAUCCAUAUGGAUUCCUCAUUCUUGAAAACUACAGGUCUGGGAAGGGUCAUUUGGAUCAAUCGUGUCCUCAUUUGCAAUAUACAAAGGCUUCGAUAUUACAUUUCAUCAAAGGCUCCUCGAUUCUUAAUUUGACCUUGAGAGACUUCAAAAAGUGUGUUAAAUUGUUGCACACCCUCGAUCUUUCUAACCUUCGUGCAAGACAGGAAGUUCAGAGGCUCAUGGUAUUGGGUAAAAAGGCAGAAUUGGACGUCAUCAAGGACCCAGACGGCGAGCUGGUGCACUACAUCGAUCGUAUGUGUCGAUUAUCGCUAAAGUGAAGGUAUAUUAAACAACCAAUCUGGAGUUUUUGGC